AUGGACGACGAAUUACUAAUGAAACAUUGUAAGGAUCUUCAAAUUCUAUUAACUGAUGGUUCAUCAAGAGAUUUAGAUGCAGUUGAUAUGUUUUCAGAAUUAAUUAUAUUUCGAAAUAUUAUUGAUGAUAGUACAACAGUUCUUCAAGCGUUAACGUUGAUAAAGAAAUCAUCUGGUAGUUUUCAAAACAUUUCCAUUGCUCUUCGAAUUCUUUUGACUAUUCCCGUUACUUCAGUCGGGGUAGAAAGAUCCUUUUCUAAAUUAAAGCUUAUUAAAACAUACUUAAGAAGUACGAUGUCUAAAAACAGAUUAAAUUCAUUGGCAACUAUCUCAAUAGAACACAAAUUAGCAGUAUCUGAAAAAUAUAAUUCAUUGAUUGAUGAACUUGCCAGUAAAAAAAGUAGAAUAAAACGUUUUAAUUAA